AUGAAGGUGCCGGUGUUCGUGCUGCCAUUAGACACAGUGACGAUGGGAGGGACUUUGAAUAAGGCGAAAGCGAUGAAUGCGAGUCUGGUGGCUCUCAAGAGCGCCGGAGUUGAAGGAGUGAUGGUGGAUGCUUGGUGGGGUUUGGUGGAGAAAGGGCCUUUGAAUUACAACUGGGAUGCCUAUGUUGAGCUUGUCAACAUGGUGCACAAGCAUGACUUGAAGCUUCAGGUUGUUAUGUCUUUUCAUCAGUGUGGAGGCAAUGUCGGAGACACCUGCAGCAUAAUAUGUGGUGAACAUGGGAAUUUUCAGCAUCCUCUGCCGCCAUGGGUGCUUGAAGAAAUAAGCAAGAAUCCGGACCUGGUUUACACCGACAAAUCAGGGAGGAGAAAUCCUGAGUACAUCUCGUUAGGCUGUGAUUCACUGCCUGUCUUGAGAGGAAGGACACCGAUUCAGGUGUACGGUGACAUGAGGAGCUUCCGUGACACGUUUAGAGAUUACUUGGGCAGUGUCAUUGUG